GACCCAGGGACAGGCAAGCAGGCACCUUCUCCGCGGCCUUGCCAGGCCUUGCCCAGCUCCACCACCUCGACGCGGGCCUUGAGCGCGGACGACGCGGACCUCGCCGACGACCCCGCCGACGACCCCAACGGAUGUCGCUGCGGGUGCAAGCGCGCGCGUGCGUGAGUGUGCGUGAGUGUACGUAGGGCAGUGCCAGUGUGCCCGCGCGUGUGAGAGUGUGAUGCAGUGCAAGGGAAGGCCCAAUGCGAAUAUGGAUACCACACUGCUUACCUUGGCCGUAGUGUGCUUGUGGGCGGCCAGCGCCCAGGGCGUCGUGUCCCACUCGCGGGGCGGAGUGGGCAGUGGUCCCCAGGGCCAUGGCGGCCCCCAUGGGGGGCAGGGCCUGGCCCAGAGCGCGCCGGGGCUCCCAGGGGGUCCCCCCGACCCCCUGAUCGAGGCCCCCGAGGGCUACAUGGCGUUCGUGGAGGCCCCCAGCGCCGAGCCGCCCAAGGUGGGGCCGCCUCCCUACGUGUUCGUCGACGUGCCCUGUCCAGGCGUUGCCGGCCCCAGUAGCUCCGCCAAGAAGUCCCUCAACAACCUCUGCGGCGACCUCAACAAGGGCGUCAUCCCCCGGAACCCGAUGAGGCCGACCACCAACGGGGCGCCCUACCCCUUUGAGCUGAUCAAGAACAAGACGCUGGAGUUCUUCAGCAAGGCCCUGCCCAUCCUGCAGGCCGACGAGUCCCUGCCCAAGGUGGCCAAGUCCGCCGAGGGCGGCUACUACAGCAACCCCAACAACAACAGGCUGAACCGGCGGCGCCGCGAUGUCGUCCCCCAGGACCACGACGAGGUCCCCGUCGUCCCCGUCGUCCCCGCCCCGCUGGAGGGCAGGUCCGCGAGCCGCAAGGGCCGCAAGUUCUGCGACAACGGCGGCGGAGUGAUGUGCAUGCUGUACAAGGCGAUCCAGGGCGAGCCUCUGGGCGCGCUGGGCGCGCUGGGUCUGGGUGGCAGCAGCGGCAGCCUCCGCCAGGGCGGCUCCGCGCCCAGUGGCGGCCCCGGAGGCCCUGCCGGCGGCCCCGAGCGUCGCGAGGACGGCGCCGGCCCCUGGCCGCACGGCCCCGGCGCGCCCCCUCAGGGCCCACCACCGGGCCCACAGGCCCCCGCCGGCGGCCCGCCCCAGGGCCCGCACAUGGGCCACGACGGGCCGCCGCCGACGCCGUGUCCCGCCAGGGUGGAGUACUCGACGCCCGUGUUCGCCCGCAACUACCAGGGCGUCUGGCGCUACGUCGUGCAGAUCCCCUACGAGGGCUACUUCACGCAGACCGUGGAGGUGACGCGCUGCCUGCAGAACAAGUGCCACUACAUGGACGGCGCGUGCUUGUCCUCGCCGCGGUGGCUGAGCAUGCUGGUCGCCGAGCUGUACUACCCCGACGCCGUGCUGCCCAGGGACCAGAACUCGGCGCAGUUCCUCCACAAGCGCUCGGCGCGGCAGACGCUGCUGCACUCCAACCAGUCGCCCGCCAACUCGACCUCCACGGCCUCGACGGGCAGGGCCUCGGUGUCCGCGGCCUCCAACACGCACUGCGACGGCGUGGACGAGAUCGGCUGCUUCCAGGUGCGACUGUACUACGACUGGUUCCUGGUCCCCGGUUCCUGCAAGUGCUGGCGGCCCGAAUACUUCUCCAGGUUCGUGCGGAGGAAGCCCUCCGCUGACCUUUAGGGCCUGCAGCUCGGCCUCGAGGGCGUGCAGGGCCCGGGAGGUCGCGGAUGGCGUGCGCUUGGUGGACCUGCCCGCACCGCGCACCGCGCCCGCCGGGCCACGUGCUACUCGGCCCUCGACUCCACUCCCGUCCCGACUCGACUUCGGCCUGCCUCAGUGAGAGCCUCGGCUCACUUUCCCGCCGCGUCCCGCUGGAGUGCGCCGGAGCCUCUCCUGGAGGGGCUCUGCUGGAGAGAGCGCGCGCGGUUCCUGGAAGAGGCUUCUCCGGGAAGUGUCCCCGCCGUCCAGGGACCCAACUCGAAAUUCAAGCUUCAACUGUCUCGCGAAGUUGGAGACGAACUGCCCACCAACCACCCCCGAAAAGAGAAAAGAAGACCUGGUCAAUACCCCGCGCGCGAGGGGAUUUCCCCACCGAGAGUCCCUCGCGCGGGGAGUCGAUCCACGCCCAUUGUGGCACACUGGAGGCCGAUCUGGGGGACCUAGCCAUUUCUGGCUGCUCGACUCGAUUCCUUUUGAUGCAAAGUGGAAUUUGGAACUGUCAGGCCCUCGCUGUAAGUUCACGUGCCUUUAGUCCCCACGCAUGUCUACACUCAGCCAGGGAAUGACUGCAGUUGCUGGAUCAAGAAAAAAUCUUAACAAUCUAAAAAUCUAUUUAUUAUAAUUCUUUUUAUUAUUUUUAAGAAAGAAGAUUUUUGACUAAUCCGGCAACUGUGAAAUCCCUGUACUUAAAAAAGGGAGACCUAUUGGAAAAAAAAGUACUUUGUUUAUUUAUUAUUAAAACAUCAGCAAAAUCGAAAAAAAUCUGUAGUUUAGGAAAUAAUAAAGAACAGUAUUAAAAACAUCUUGUAAAAAAGUUCUUAGAAAACUAUUUACAGUCUAAGUCUAAUCUUAUUUUUUCUGAGAAAUCUAUGUGAGAGCCUAAAAAUCACAGCUUUCAAAAUACAAACGUUUUCAGGUGUUGGCUGGGACCCUUUUUGAAAUGUUCAUGUUUUACAUCAAAGAAUGGAUAUUGACAAAUACAAAGAAAAGAGAUUGUGCUGUCUGACAGUCGGUAAAAAAAAA